GAUCUCUCUCUCUCGCCUUUUUUUUUUUGAGAGAGAAUCACAAAAAUUGGAUAUUUUGCUUGUGAUAUUCAUAGAUUUAGGGCAUAUGGCGAAUUAGUGUGAGGGGAUUGCAAAUUUUCCUUACGUAUUGAUUUAGUUUGUGCAAAUUAUUGCUCAGGGCCACGAACAUGCCAAAAGUCCUAAUAAUUUGUACUAGGGUCCUGAGAUUUAGGGUUUUCUAAAAGAAUGUUGAAGCUCUAUUGUGAUUAAGUAUCGACUGUCUUGGUUUCGAGCACAUGAACACAAAAAAAAUGUAUAAUACAAGUUUCUAGAGGCUCAAUUUGUGUUGUUGUACGGUAGAGGUGAAAGAAGAGGAAGCGAUGGACGGGAGGAGGAUAACGGCGAGUCCACGUCCGUGCAAUGGCCGGAGGGUGGUGGCGAAGAAGCGACCGCGUGGUGGUGUUGAUGGGUUUGUGAAUAGUGUUAAGAAGCUUCAGAGGAGAGAGAUUUGUUCAAAGCGGGAUCGUUCUUUUAGUAUGUGUGAUGCUCAGGAGAGGUUCAGAAAUAUCCGCUUACAGGAGGAGUAUGAUACCCAUGAUCCAAAAGGACACUGCUCUAUGGUAUUACCAUUUCUCAAAAAGAGAUCAAAAAUCGUUGAAAUCGUUGCUGCUCGUGAUAUAGUCUUUGCUCUUGCACAAUCUGGAAUCUGUGCUGCAUUUAGUCGAGAAACUAACCAAAGGAUUUGCUUUCUGAAUGUGAGUCCUGAUGAAGUUAUAAGAAGCUUGUUUUACAACAAGAAUAACGAUUCCCUCAUUACAGUUUCAGUGUAUGCUUCAGACAGUUUCAGUUCCUUAAAAUGUCGAACAACAGGAAUUGAAUAUAUACGAAGAGGUAAACCAGAUGCUGGUUUUGCUCUUUUUGAAUCAGAAUCUUUAAAAUGGCCUGGAUUUGUGGAGUUUGAUGAUGUCAAUGGUAAAGUCCUCACAUUCUCAGCACAAGAUAGCAUUUACAAGGUGUUUGAUUUGAAAAACUACAUGAUGUUAUACUCCAUAUCAGAUAAAAAUGUUCAAGAAAUCAAAAUCAGCCCUGGAAUCAUGUUAUUGAUAUUCAACAAAGCAAGUGGUCAUGUCCCUCUCAAGAUUCUCUCAAUUGAAGAUGGAACUGUUUUAAAGACUUUCAAUCAUCUCCUUCAUAGAAAUAAAAAGGUGGAUUUCAUUGAACAGUUUAACGAAAAGCUUCUUGUGAAACAAGAGAAUGAAAAUCUUCAGAUUCUUGAUGUACGUAAUUCUGAGUUAACAGAAGUGAGUAGAACAGAAUUCAUGACACCAUCAGCAUUCAUCUUUCUGUAUGAGAAUCAGCUGUUCUUGACAUUCAGAAACAGAACAGUUGCUGUUUGGAAUUUUCGUGGGGAGCUUGUGACUUCAUUUGAAGAUCAUUUAUUAUGGCAUCCAGAUUGCAACACCAACAAUAUAUACAUCACAAGUGAUCAGGAUCUUAUUAUCUCAUAUUGUAAAGCUGAUUCUGAUGAUCCUUUAACUGAAGGAAAUGCAGGAUCGAUCAAUAUCAGCAAUAUUCUAACAGGAAAAUGUCUUGCAAAAGUGAAGGCAAUAAAUGGUGGUGGAAUCUUGGAAGAUUGUAUAUGCAGUGACAGUGACAAUGACAUAAUGAUGAAAUCUAAGGGUGGGAAAAGGUGCAGGUGCAGCUCAAAGAAUCAGGUGGUGGGGCGGAGGAUCACAAGCUCAGUUACAGAAGCUUUGGAGGACAUAACUGCACUUUUCUAUGAUGAAGAGAGGAAUGAGAUUUAUACUGGUAAUAGGCUUGGUUUAGUCCAUGUUUGGUCUAACUAAUUGUUUCCCACUUUAUCCAUUCAGACGUGUCUCUACUAUAUAUAUAUAUAUGGAUCAAUUAUCCAUGGUAGAGUCUGGUAGGUAAAUGUAUCAUUAACUUGUUCGCAUCAGGGGUAUUUUUGUCUUUUUGAGGUUUUAAUUGUUAUUAUGUUGGAGUACAUGUAUACUUUUAAUUUCUUGUUGUAUGUGUGUGUAAUUUAUCCAAGAUGAUGUUAUUUGAUAUGAAUCGAUUUUUUUUUAGUGACAA